AUGUCAUAUUCCAACACAACUGACUUCACCAACCCCUCCACCUUCAUCCUGCUGGGCAUUCCGGGCCUGGAGGCAGCCCACAUCUGGAUUUCCAUCCCCUUCUGCACCAUGUACACCAUAGCCAUCUUGGGGAACUUCACCAUCAUGUUCAUCGUAAAGAUGGAGCCGAGCCUCCAUGUGCCCAUGUACUAUUUCCUCUGCAUGCUGGCCAUCACCGACCUGGUCCUGUCCACGUCAGCCCUGCCCAAAAUGCUGAGCAUCUUCUGGUUCAAUUCCAGGGAGAUCAAUUUCAGUGCCUGCCUCACCCAGAUGUACUUCAUUCACUGCUUCUCAAUCAUGGAGUCUGGGAUCUUCAUGGCCAUGGCUUUUGAUCGCUACGUGGCCAUCUGCAAUCCCCUGAGACAUUCAACCAUCCUAAGAAACCCUGUAGUGGCCAAAAUCGGUUUGGCUGUGGUGCUGCGUGGUUGUGUGCUCGUACUGCCUUAUCCCUUCCUAGUGAGGCGGUGGCCAUAUUGCAGAACCAACAUCAUCCCCCACACGCACUGUGAACACAUCUACGUGGUGACACUGGCCUGCGCCGACAUCCGUAUCAAUAGUUAUUAUGGCCUCUUUGUGCUGUUCUGUGGGAAUGGUCUGGAUAUGUUUAUUAUUGCCGUGUCCUAUACUUACAUCCUGAGGGCCAUCUUCAGACUCCCCACAAAGGAUGCCCGGCUCAAGACAUUUGGGACCUGUGUCUCCCAUCUCUGUGCCAUCUUAGCCUUUUAUAUCCCUGGUCUCUUUUCCUCCCUCACAUACCGGUUUGGUCAGAAUGUGGCCCGGCAUUUCCAUGUUCUCAUUGCCAACGUGUACCUCCUGGUGCCCCCCAUGGUAAACCCCAUCAUCUACGGGGUGAGGACCAAACAGAUCCGGGACAGGCUGCUCCGGCUCUUUACUCAUAAAAGGAUGUAA